GCGAAUCUCUCACUCCUACCUUCCUCUCUUCUCUUCAACCAGAUCCUUUGCACAGUAAAGGUCAAGAACAGUUCAUCCAUCCACACCAUACCGCAUACACAAUGAAGUUCUCGAUCAUUUCCUCUCUGGCUCUCCUGGCCUCCGCUGUCAUGGCCAUGCCUGCCAACCCGGCCAUCCAGCGUCGCCAGGCGAACACCACGAUCCCCUUCUAUCUGAAGACCAGCGGCGCUGCCAACGACCAGCACAACAACCUCUAUGUCACUGCUUACCACACUGGUGCUGGAUUCAACGACGCCGUUCUCGAGAGCUCCAACCAGAACGCUGCCAAGGCUAUCUUGAACGGCACCAACGUUCAGUUUGAACUUGGCACUCCCUUCCCUUGGGGAUUCGACAUGGGUAGCGCUACCAACUACGGUGCCUGGGAAUUCGUUCAGAUCAACGCUGGCUACGGUACUUCUGGCUUCUCUAUCAACUCCAGUGGUCUUGAGUGGAACGCUGAGGACGGCUUCGGUGGCUGGCUUGUCUGCGACUGGUGGCACAACGCCCCUCAGCUCUUCUACCUCGUCGAGUACUACCAGCCCGAACUCCCCUCAAGCUGCGACAAGGUCCAGCUGAAGCCCGAAUACAUCUCCGCUUAAACAAGGAUGAAAACUAC